ACUUCCUGUUCAUGCAGUUCUUGGUCAAAGUUGGUUCCUCUUUUGCUACGUAUCAAUACUGACGACACUGUUUUCUUUCCGCCACAUGCUUAUUUUACACUUUGGGAGGAGGAACUAGCGAAUGUGGCUGUGUUUUAAUUUUAUUUUUGACUUUGGACUAUUUAGGAAGAUUUAAUUUGCCAUGGAUGGAGAUGUGCUGUCCUUGUCGUCCUUCUCAUCGUUGCCAUCCUCAUCAGAAACAGGAAGAACUCAAACAGAUACUUCACAAAGAGGCAGCAGCCUUCCCAGCCAACAGGAACAUAAAUCAACAGAAGAAGUAUGGUAUGUCUGUUCCACAUUUUUUCAAGUACAGCUCUUACAUAAAAACAGGAACACCAAAGUCACAAAAGAUUUUAUAUUGCCAUCAUUCUCCACCUCAAAGCUAAACCAACAAAAGCCAUACAUGUCUGAUAAAUGUAAAUCAUUUAAGAGUAAUACAGUAUUUUCUAUAUUCUUGACUUUCAUGUCCAAUUCAUAAGUCAUUUCUUUUGAGGUGGCUCUCAUCUUUUCCCUUUGAAAUUACUAGAACUGUUGAAGAUUUCACAGAAAGGUAAUCUAUUUUUCUUCUCACUAAACAGAGAAGUUCAAGUCAUUUAACAGAGUAUUGCUGUUCAGUCAGAGGAGGAAUUAAAAGUCACUGCGGGGUUUCCGAUGAGGUCAUAUGUAGGCUGCAGUUCAAAUUAUACAACACAGACACUCAGUUGUGUUUAUAAAAAGAAAAAAAAGUGUUUGAAAAAAAAGAGACCAGUUACAUAAUCUCAAUCCCUGAACCUGACAUACUAUUAAAUUUUCUGUUUUUAUUGAAUUCAUGGUUGUUAAAGUGGACAUACCUAAACGCAGAUGACCAGUAUAACACAGACAUUCAGUCUACUUUCCUCUUUUAGGGUAUCUGUUUGUAGUCUUUAAAAAAACUGUUGCUAACGGGGACAAAUCUAGACUCAUACUCGUCAGAUUUGCCAUCAGCAAGAAGGAAAGAUAUUAUCUCCCUCUCUAUCAUCAUCCACAGCAGUAAAUUACCAUGCUGCUGUGGGAAGCAAUGGCAUUUUGGUGUCCUUCCAAGACAGUACACGAUUGAAAACUUGGUGAAACUGGGUCACGCAGUUUGUAUCGGCUGUCAGAGCGGCAGAAAGAGAAAAGCCUGUGGAUCUGGGCAACAUGAGGCAUGGUGUAGUCCCAAUGGGAUGGCUGAGUACACUGUGCUGACUUGCCAAGACAUCGUAUUGGACACGGGCAUGUUAGCUUUUUGGACUCAUGCUGGCCACUAAAAUUAGGCUCCAUAUCAUUUGUUUCAGCUUUUGCUUUCAUCCUCCACAGAAGUGUUGGUCCUGUGCAGAUGAUUCAGUCAUUAAAGGUCAUAAACAGCCUGCACUAAAAGCGCCUUCCUGCGUUGUUGAACCCAGAGAAAUGCCAGAUAGUACAGAGUGUACAUUUAGCUAGAUUGUCUGACUCAGAGUUAACUUUUAUAUUGUGUAAGAAUGUAUUUGUCCAUGUGGGUUUAAUAGUCACUUCUUUUUCUGAGAAUCGCAGUCUUCUUGGUGUGGAACAUAACCUUGCUGAAGGAUAAUACCUUUUUAUAAAGUCACCUCCAAGGUAAAAAAAAGGACUUUUUGAGCUAGAUGAAAAAACAUUUCUAUCCUUGAGCUUUGAGAAGUUUUGUAAAUGAAAGUGUCAAGUCAAAUAUUUUUUUGCACUUCUUUUUUGAUUAAACUGCAAGAGAAAAAUCAAUACCACUCACUUAUUAUUACAUGAAAUAUACAAAGCUACAGUUCACAGACAGUUAACCCAGCUCAGCUUGGAGCUACUUAAAAGGGAAAUAGCUAGUCUGGCUUUGUCCAAAGGUAGGGAAAUUGCCUAACAUCACUUGUUACUUUUUAAAAAUUCUUAUCUUUAAAGGGUGGGGAAAGUCAUUGUUUUUAGCAGAGAUUAUCCAUUUAAGAAGUCCAAGCAGCUAGCAAUAAUCCGAAAAAUCACUACCUCAGUCUCUGAAAUAGUCCCUCACAUAAUCACUUGGAAAACACCAACCCGCUGGGGUUUUGGAGACUUUUUUUCCCCAUUUAGUUCAUUGUUUUCUUACUUUUGUGUUAAUUUUGGAAAAACAAAACCAUUUCAGCCUCUCCCUUGGUUGGCUGUCUUAAUGGUAAGCUUAGCUAGUCCACUGCUGAAUGUAGCCUGACAAGUUGGCAUGUGGGUGGUAUCAAUCUUCAUAUUUAUUUCAUAGCAUGAAAGUUUGUUUCUCAAAAUUUUGGUAUUUAAGUACAACUCCUUGAAGCUUAAAAAGAAAAGAAAAUCCUACCCUUAAAUUUGCAUUAAUAUGUGGAGAAAACUGGGUUUCAGAUUCAUUAUUGGUUCAUAAUAGACCUGCAUCCUCUUUGUACUGCCUUGAUCUGACAGUUCAAUACUCUUUUGAAUUGUGUAACGCUGGUUUUCACACAGCAGGACACUGUACAUAAAUGGAGGAAAGCAUGUGUUUGCGGGGGAGUUGAGCCUUAAGGGCAAUGAGAGGUGUUAGCAGAUUGUGACUCUUUGUAGCGCUUUGCUUUCUGAGGUUGCAUCAGCUCCAUAGUAUGUUUGUGUGUAGGAGCCCAAGGGUCUACACAAGGAGCGUUGCGUUUUUCAAUAAGCAGGUCUCCCCCCUCUGGGCUUCAGAUCUCUGUGCCUUCCCAUCAGCGAUCUUCUCAGACAAGGCUGCUGGGUUGGCCGCUGGUUUUACUAAUUUAUCAUCCCAAAUAUUUUUUCCUCUCUUUGUGGUUCCACAGAAAUCAACAUUUUCCAGGGAUCAUCACACUCAUUGUUUCCAGAGGCUAUCGAUAUGCUAAUAGAUCUGAUAGUAAACAGAGAUUCUGAUUGGCUAGGACUUGAGAUGGAGAGAAAUGCAUCACAGUGCGUGUUCAUGUGUGUGUGUGUGUGUUGUGUGUCUGAGAGUCUUAAGUGCAUAAUGUGACUGUGCAUGCCUGUGUGUGCGUGGGUGUGCAUAAUAGCUUGAAUUUGAUUCUCUGUAAGUGCACUCUGUGUGAGUGGGUGUUCAAAAGUACUCUGACGUUCUUUUGUACCGACAUGCUUUGGCUUAUUAAUGGAAAUCCUCCUCCAGUGUUUUUCAUGAUGACUUUAUUUACAGCACAUAUGCAUUUACACGUAUGAACUGUAUCUAUGUAUGUGUGUUUAUAUGUGUGUGCAGGACAGCAGAGGUGAGUCCUGUGUGUGACAGGCUGCUGUCCACGGAAGAGCAGGUCACUCUGAUCACAGAGAGUAUGACCGUCACCUCUAAUGACCAGGAGAAACUCCUGCUGCUCAACAAGAACACUGAGCUCCGCAGAGUCAACAAAGAGGUGAAAAAAAAUAUGAUCUAAAACUGGUGCAGAUUCUCUGCAGGUUCACAUUUCUGCUGCUGAUGUUGGCGAUCGCAUUAAGCUUUUUCUGAAACCAGAGGAGGAGUGUGGGCGUUGUGUGAAAACUGCUGCCGAGCUGUAAGAAAUCAUCAUAGAAGUUACAUAUUUUACAAUUAUACAACCUUCAUUUCUAGAUUUUCCUUAAAUGCCGCUUUCUGUCAGAAAGACAAGCAGAAAUGAAUCUUUCAGCUGAUGUAAAGUGAUGUAUAUAGAGAGGAAAAUAUCUCAGUGUCUGACCUAAAUUCACUUCCUGAAUCCCUUAUUAUUAUGGUGACUGAGGAGGAAGACAGCAGCUGUAAUGACAUCAAUGAAGCUGAGGUUGUGGUCGAGGCUGUGGCAGCCGUGAGCACAUGAUGAUGACAGUGAUGAUGGUGUGUUACAGCUAAUGAAGCUAAAUGAGGAAUGGGACCAGGUGUAUCGCAGUGCCACGCUGGGCCUGCAACACCGGCUGGAGGCCUUGGAGCUGGAAAACGCUGCCAUCAAACAACUCAACAGCAGACUGCUGAUCAAAGUUGAUCACCAACAGGUGAAUAUGCAACAAUGCUCUUAGUUAAAAGGUGGACGUCAAACAAUUUAGGUUAUUGUAAAGCUGCUUGGUUUGUUAAUGACAAAUGUGCCUGGGUCUGCAGAGUGCAAAGGAGUAUUAUGAGCAAGCACUGAUGCAAGAGCUGAAGAAGAACCAGGAGCUGCAGGAAUACAUCAGACUGCUGGAAAACAGGAUGCAUCAUGCAGGCAAAAACUGCACAGCUACCAAACAGGUGAUAUACCUGUCAGUGCAUCUGUACUGCAGAUUAAUUUUAGAACUGUUAGUAUACUCAGAUCAACAACUCGUGGGUGUUUUUUCACCUGUUUGUUUCAUGUCUUUAUCGAAGGACGACUUCAGUGCUGUGGUCAGAGGUCCUGUGUUGUGCCCAGGCAGUGGUCUUCCUGAUGGCUCUGGUCAUGUACAUGGAUACAAGCCCUCAUCCUCCUUUCUUCCAGCUCCUUCUAGUCAGGAGCAAAAAGGAAAAAGUCAGAGCAGCAACACCAAACCAGGAGCACUGGGAGACUCCCAACAAGAAGUAAAGGAUCUGAAAGAACAGCUGGAGGCUCUGAGAUGUCAGGUGGGCUGCUCUCCUUUUCCUUACAUCAAACAAUGUUCCCAUUUCUGGUGUGAAGAGAGCAGAACUGAUGUCAACUCACUGUUGCCAGGGAAAGAUUUGCUUGGUGCUUUCCUGAGGAUUAGGUGGUAAAGUACACCACCAAGUGGUGACUCAGUACCCGUGUUUUAUUUGCUCCUAGCUGAAUAAUAAAAAACUGCAGAUCAAAAGAUAUAGCUCUGAUACUGGCUCUCUGCCACACCGCUGUCUUCUGGCUGCAGACUCAGAUUUAUGAAGCAGAAUACGAGACGGAACACAACGAUCACAAACACACACAGCAGGAGAACCGCAGACUGAGGAAGAAGAGGGAGGAGCAGCGCCAACAGGUGGCACUAUUGCAAGAGCAGGUACUGUUUUAAUUGUGUCUGCUUGUGCACACACACUCUGCCAGUACACAUUCACUUUCACACCAAAACACAAAUAAUGUAGCGCACCUAAAGACAAAUGUUGAGUCAAAGUCAAGAGACAAACAUUAGCCAACAGCACCAUGUUAGACCAUUAAACAUGACAAGUAUAUGCCAUGCAGUCGAGGGGUAACAGAAUUGUAGACACGAUAUGAAUGUAAAAUAUCAUCUUAAAGUCUGCAGAGGCAAAGCUUCCUCAAGGUUUGAAAUGAAUCAACUCAUUUUAAUGGCAUGAAUACACUGUGCUCUGAAUCUCAAAGAUGUGUUUGUCACUAGAGUCUCAUGUGUUAUUCUCUGUCUUGCUGUCUGUCAUCGUGACAUCUCUACAGCUGAAGGUUUACGAGGAUGACUUUCGACGGGAGCGCUCUGACAAACAGAUGCUGCAGAGGUUGUUGUUAAAGAAAUCGACUCCAAACCAGGACCCUGUGCUGAUCCAUCGCUGCAAUAAUGAGCAGCAGCCACCUGGGGGAGACAAGAGGACACAAAGUGGAGAGAAAAGGAAACAGCACCACCCUCUCUGCCCAAAGCACCCAAACAGGGACAAAGAGUCUGACUGAGGGUGAUAGCAAAUAAGGGGAAACAUCACGAAUUUCGUAGAAUCACCUUUAAAUACAUGAUUAUCAACAUUGUAGAGUUACAUUUGGAGAGGCAGAGUUCUAAUGUUACAGAGACCAAGAGGCCAGUGGGUCCACACAAUAGGUCACACUGGACUUUUCAUGUCAUGAAUAAUACUUGAUAGAUAGUUUAAGGUGUUUUUGUGAACUACGUUUUUGAACAUUGACAACAUGAACAAUUCUUGGAUCAGAGAAAUUGCUAUUAUUUUCUAUCCUACAGAGUGAUGUUACAGUAAAAAUAUGAAACAUAGCUAAUAUUUUCCUUCAGCUGAACAGAAAAAGAAGACAGUUGCUAACUUGGAUAUGUAUAACAUAUUUAAUGUAUCUAACAAUUCACUUUGCUAUAGUUUCUCUGAUCUGUGUAUAUCUAUCAAGUACAUAAAAUUUUCUGAAGUUAUAUUUUAAAAAACUUGAUUUAAAAAACAAUUAAGUCAUAAAGUACGUAUUUAUAUUUAUAUUCCAUAUAAUAAACGUAAUACAAAAGGCUGA